CAAUUUUCAGCCAAAAGCUAAAAAUAUGUCUUCUCUCACUGAUUGCUAGAGAGACAGUGACUCCACUCCCAUGGUUGGUCCCUUUUGCUUCAGUGGACUGGACACGCCAUCUCUCCCUUUCUUCUUCAGCAACAAGUUUAAAAGAAUCUAUGCUUGCUCACCAUAUGUUCGAUCUAUUGCCUAGCAGAAACUUAAGAAAAACAAAAACUACAUACAUACCCCACCAAAAACUAAACCAAACCAAAUCAGACAAAUACUCUCUUAUCUCUCCUUUUUAUUCUAUUUAUCUUCUUCUUCAAUCUCUCAAAUUAAAUAAAUUAUUAUUCUAAAACAUAAUAAAUAAAUACUUUCAUUUUUUAUUAUCUUUUCUUUAUCCAACACUUAUCUAUUUCUCCGUAUAUUUCUCGUCGCUAAAGACCCUCUUCUUUUUGCUCGCCGCCGUUCGCGGCGAUGCCAACGCCGGUAAGCGCAGCAAGGCAAUUUCUAACAGAAGAAGCGGCGCGUGCAUUAGACGAUGCAGUAGCUGUAGCGCGUCGCCGCAGUCAUGCACAAACGACGUCGCUCCAUGCUAUCUCUGCUUUACUAGCUUUACCGUCGUCCACACUCCGUGAUGCAUGUGCACGCUCUAGAAACAGUCCGUGUUCUUCACGGUUACAGUUUCGCGCGUUGGAAUUAUGCGUCGGUGUUUCUCUCGAUCGUGUGCCGUCGUCAAAGACGGUUAACAGCAACGACGAGGAUAACGGUCCUCCUAUAUCUAACUCACUUAUGGCGGCGAUUAAAAGAUCACAAGCGAAUCAAAGGCGACACCCUGAUCAUUUUCACUUGCAGCAAAUCCACUGUAAUCAGCAAUCUCCUUCUGUUUUAAAAGUUGAACUAAAGCAUUUCAUUUUAUCAAUUUUAGAUGACCCGAUAGUGAGUCGGGUUUUUGGUGAUGCCGGGUUUAGAAGUUGUGAUAUUAAGUUAGCUAUUAUUCACCCACCUACUGUUAUGCAAGCUCCCAGAUUUUCGAGGUCCAGGUGUCCCCCGCCUAUUUUUCUGUGUAAUUUGCCAGGUUCGGAUCCGGACCGACCCGGAUUUGGGUACCCAUUUGGACUGGAUGUUGAUGAUGAUGGGGAUUAUUGUAGGAGGAUUAGUGACAAGAUUAGUAAAGUAAAAAGCGUGUUGCUUCUUGGAGUUUGUGCUUGUGAUGCUUUGAGUAAGUUUAUUGACUGUGUAAAUAAUGGUAAUAAAGGUGGAAUUUUGAGCUCUGAGAUUGCUGGGUUAAGUGUAGUUUCCAUUGAGAAGGAGAUCGUUGAGUAUGUUAGUGAAGGAGGGAGUAGUAGUGAAGUGAGAGAAAAAAUGGGUUUCAAAUUUGAUGAGCUGAGGAGUAAGUUAGAGAGGUGUUCGAGUCGAGGUAUUAUGUUGAGUUUCGGAGAGUUGAAGGUCUUAGUUGGUGAAAAUGUUGAUGCUGUGAGUUACUUGGUUAUGAAGUUAACUGGUUUAUUAGAGGAUUUUAGAGAGAAGUUGUGGUUGAUGGGUGCAGCGGCUAGACAUGAAACGUAUGCCAAGUUUUUGGGAAAGUUUCCAUGCAUAGAAAAGGAUUGGGAUCUUCAUCUUCUGCCAAUUACUUCAUCUAAAAGUCCUAUUGAUAGUUUUGGCUCUAAAUCCAGCUUGAUGGGGUCUUUCGUCCCAUUUGGUGGGUUCUUUUCUACACUAUCUGAUUAUAAAGGUCCAUCCAGCAAACCAAAUCAACAGGUUACUCGUUGUCACCUUUGCACCGCAAAGUAUGAGCAAGAAGUUUCUGCGAUGCUGAAGACGGGGUCAACAAUUUCAGUUGCAGAUCAAUACUUGGAGAAUUUACCUUCUUGGUUGCAAAUGGCUCAACUUGACUCAGCUAAGGGAUUGGACGGGGCUAAGACCAAAAAUGAUGGAACAACAUUGAAUUCUAAGAUUUUGGGACUGCAAAAAAAGUGGAAUGAUGUCUGCCAACGGCUGCAUCAUGCUCAGCCUUUUUCCAAAUUUGAUAUUUCACAGGGCAAGCCCCUAGUAUCAACUGCAGAGGUCUUUCCAGUUAUUGCUGAUAGGAAGGAGAGCAGCAGCAGCUGCAGCAGAGAUUCAUCACUUAAUGAGAGUCAAUGUGCAAAUUUAGGUAUAGAUCAUAUGGACUUGCAAGCUGCUUUUCUAUCAAAACCUAUCAUGCCAUUACUAGUAGCUUCCAGAGCUGAGAACGUUAGUUGCCAAUCUAAGCUACCGAGUCCGCACAACCAGAAAGAUGGUUCUUGGAUCUCUCUGCCCAGUACAGGUCUGCCAACUGACCACAGAUCAUCUUCAUCUGUCCCUUCUGUGACCACAGAUUUGGGGCUGGGAACAAUUUAUACAUCUAGUUCUCGUGAGCCAGUUACCCCAAAGCUACGUGAUCGGAAAGAGUCUCUUCAACUGUUUUCAGGUUCUGAAUCAUCUGAGUUUCGAGGUAAUGAGAGUACUUCGCAUGAGAUUGUACAGUCUUCUUCAUGUUCGCAUCCUUCUUCAGUGGGGCAGUUUGAUUAUGUAAAUUACAAAUCACUUGUGAGAUCUCUUUCUGAAAAAGUUGGCUGGCAAGAGGAAGCCAUAUGUGCUAUCAGUCGAGCAAUAUCUCGUUGUAAAGCUGGAUAUGGAAGAAGUCGAGGCUCCACUGCAAGAGGAGAUAUUUGGCUUACUUUCCUUGGACCCGACAAAGUUGGAAAGAAAAGAAUUGCUUCACUGCUUGCCAAAUUAAUGUUUGGUAGCCAUGACCACUUAAUUUCUGUUGAUUUGAGAUUCCAUGAUUGGGUUUACCCAUCAAACUGUGUCUUUGAAUGUCAAGAAUCAAGUGAUUAUGAUGUGAUAUUUAGGGGGAAGACGAUUGUUGAUUACAUUUCACUGGAGUUGGGCAAGAGACCCCGUGCAGUAGUGCUUCUUGAGAAUGUUGACAAGGCUGAUCUCUUGGUCCAGAAUAGUUUGUCCCAGGCUGCAAGGACAGGUAAAUUUCCAGAUUCCCAUGGAAGAGAAAUCAGCAUAAGUAAUGUGAUUUUUGUUUUGUCGUCAGCAAUUUCAAUUGGAAGUGUAAAUCAUCUGCCUCAGGCAGAAUCUGGUAAGUUCUCUGAAGAAGUCGUUCUCGGUGCUAAAAGCUGGCAGAUGAAAAUAUUAAUUGAACAAGCUGGUGAGAGUUCCAACGGAAGAACGCUAACCUCUGUUGCGUCACCUAUGAAUAAAAGAAAGCUGCAUGGAGCCGCCAAUGCCACACAGCAACAUUUUAGCAACGAGGCUAAAAGACGAGCCUAUAAAUCAUUAGGAUCAUCUCUGGACUUGAAUCUACCUCUAGCGGAGAUGGAAGAGAAGAGCGUCGACUCUAGCAGCUAUGAUAGUGACCCCACCUCUGAAAACUCACAAGCUUGGCUGGAAGAUUUACUUGAUCAAGUAGACGAAAAGGUGCCAUUCAAGCCAUUUGAUUUUGAUGCUCUUGCCGAUAACAUAGGGAGAGAAAUCAGUGCACAGUUUCAAAAGGUAUUUGGAUCGGAUACUGCAUUGGAGAUUGAUGAUGAAGUCAUGGUACAAAUGCUUGCAGCUUCAUGGUUAUCGGACGUGAGCAGAGCGCUGGAGGACUGGGUUGAAAAAGUCCUGGGUAGAGGAUUUGUAGAAGCGCGGCAGAAAUACCAUAGCAGUGUUGAGUAUGUUGUGAAAGUAGCUACAUGUAAAGGCAUUGUAGUGGAAGAGAGAGCUUCCGGAAUUUGCCUGCCUUCAACCAUUAAUCUGUAAACUACUUUCUUGUAAUUAUAUGUACAAUUUAGCUUUUAGUAUAUACAGAUUUAGCAUAUGAAAAGCCUUUUGGUUAAUCAAUGCCAUAGGAGAUUUGAUGGAUAAUUUGUAUCUCUGUAUUAUAUCAGUCUCUAACAGCAUUAGCAAUAUGAGAAGUUAUGAUGAUAAUUAUUUUUAAAUCAA